AUGGUGGCUGGUGGUGUGGAGGGAGAGAGCUCCACCGAGGAACACCCAGCAGGAGAGGACAGUUCUGAACACAGCUCUAGCAGUACCUCCGAAGAGGAGUCAGAUGCAGAGGAGUCAGAUGGAAGAAGGUCGGAUGAAGAACAGGAGGAGAAGGAAUCGCUACUGUGCUGCAACGACUCAGGUAGAGCGAACUGUCUGCCACCCUGUGAGCAUUGCAGAAAUGAAAACGACCAGAAGGAGGAAGUGACCCCUAGGAGACUUGCUGGAGGACAAUAUAUAAUGCAUCUGGACACAGAGGGGACUUACCAGUGCAGCCUCACAGGCUUGAUUUUUGAGGUAACAAAGGCUGUCAAAAUCACGUACUCCCUCUUAUCCUGGAGCAAAUAUGCCAACCUCGUGGAAAAGCCAUGGAUUGUGGGUGGCCCCCUCUUCGACGUGCGCUGUGACUCGGCCCCUGCUCUUACCUCCAUCCAGUUUCCCCACUCCCUCUGCCUUGGUGAUCAUGGCGCUGGCAUGGCCUUCAAGGUUUUGCACAUCAAAGGCGAGGGCGCAGCCAUCGAGCCCUCAGCUGACUACUCAGCUUCGCACGUGAAAUGGCUGGUGAGCUCACUCUCGCCAGUGGGACCACUCAUUCAGAGCCAGGAGCCGGUGCAGUACCAUGGCGCUGUCAUCCUCUACAAAGUUGUUGAUGAGCAUCCCUCCUUAUCCUUUCGUGUCUAUGUGGCUACAAACAACGACUCCUUUAUAAAGGAUAUCUCAAGAGCUGUAAAACAUUCAAAUAAGAAAUUCAUUAAAAUUGACAAGCCCCCUGUAUGCCAAAAAUUACUACAAGGAAAAAAAGUUUGUGAGCCAGAAGCUGAAAUAACUCCAGAGGAAAUUGAAUUUGUUGAUGGAUCUCUCUUGAAACUAAAAAGUUACAUUGAAGUCUAUUUGGAGAAACCUGAUGACUUCACCUUGUCUUUGGUUGAGCUGGAGUCUGAUGCGACUGUAUGGAAAGCAAAACUCAGAGAGAGUGACUGGAUACAUUACGAUCAGAAUAAAAAUGAGCAGAAAAGAAGUGCAGUCAGUGUCAAAAAACGGAAACCAGCCCUCAGCAUUUUGGAAGGAGAUGGGCUCUGUAGCAAAAAGCAGAGGACCGGCAAUAAAGCAGAUGGAAUUGAAACAAAAAACUUAACUGAUCAACAGCUGAUGGUGAUUGCAAAAUUGUUUGGCAGGCAGUGGAGAGAAAUUGCCAUUGAGUGUCUUCAAAUGGAAAUGAAAGACAUCGAGCAGAUUCAGGCAACAGAGGAAGAAGUUAAUAUGCAAAAAUUUCUGCUGUUAAGUAAGUGGAGAGACAGAGAACAAGGUAACGGAACUGCUGAAGCUUUGUACAAAAGCCUCCAUGAAAAAGCAUCCUAUGAGAUACUGCAAGCACUACAAGGUUUCUCGGCUCAGUGCUGA